UUAAGCAUAAAUCAUUCAAAACUCCAACCAGAUUCUUCUAAACCCAUAUCAAAUCCUCAUUUCAUCUUCAAAUGUUAACUCUAAUCAACAAUCCAUCUCAAUCCCAUUGACAUAACAUGCAAAUUCAAUCUCUCACCUCACCUUUUUUCCACUCAAAAACCACUCUUUUCCCGCCAAAACCACACUUUCCCUCGCCUAACAACCUUCUUUUCAGACAAAGAAUGGCUUCUGGUUCUGGGUUUGGGCUAGUUAGAUCAGAAAAGGUUAGUUCUUUGACCGUUUUAGACGAUGGUGCAAAUGGGUUUUCUACUUUAAUGGAUUAUGCGGGUAAGGGAGGACUGAAUGUGGGAGAUGAUCUGGUGGUUUUGUUGUAUCAUAUUCAGUAUGCUUGCAAAAGAAUUGCUUCUCUUGUGGCUUCUCCUUUCAACUCAAGUCUUGGUAAACAAAUUGCUGGUGGGAACAUUGGCUCUGAUAGGGAUGCACCUAAGCCCCUUGAUACUGUUUCAAAUGAAAUCAUCUUGUCAUCUCUUCAGCAUUCUGGAAAAGUUGCAGUCAUGGCUUCAGAAGAAGAUGAUUCUUCAGUCUGGAUAAAUGCUGAUGGCCCAUUUGUGGUGGUUACAGAUCCACUUGAUGGUUCCCGCAACAUAGAUGCCUCCAUACCCACUGGAACUAUAUUUGGGAUUUAUAGGCGCCUUGUGGAACUAGAUCAUUUACCUGAAGAGGAGAAAGCUCUACUGAAUUCUCUGCAGAGUGGAAGUAGGCUUAUUGUUGCUGGAUAUGUUCUCUAUUCCUCAGCCACAAUAUUCUGUGCUAGCUUUGGAUCGGGAACACAUGCGUUUACACUAGAUCAUUCAACAGGAGAUUUUGUUCUUACACAUCCGAACAUAAAGAUACCUCCUCGAGGGCAAAUUUAUUCUGUAAAUGAUGCGCGAUACUUUGACUGGCCUGAGGGUUUAAGGAAAUAUAUUGAUACUGUGAGACAAGGAAAAGGCAAAUACCCCAAGAAGUAUUCAGCACGUUAUAUAUGUUCUUUGGUUGCUGACUUCCAUCGAACUCUGCUGUAUGGUGGAGUAGCAAUGAAUCCAAGGGACCAUCUUCGGCUGGUGUAUGAAGCAAAUCCUCUUAGUUUUCUGGUGGAGCAAGCUGGUGGCAAAGGUUCUGAUGGUAAAAGUCGGAUUCUGUCAAUUCAACCAGUCAAGCUUCACCAAAGACUGCCUCUAUUUCUGGGGAGUUCAGAGGACGUUGAAGAGUUAGAGAGUUAUGGAGAUGUUCAACAAAAAGUAAAUCCGGGGUAUGAAGUUUGAUGCUAACUGAUAUCUGAAGUUGCGGUAAAGUUCUUCUAUAUAUAACUCAUUGUUUACUUCACACCUGUGUUUGUAGAAAAUCAUUCCAAGCUCCAGUUUCUUGUAAAAUUCCAACUUUUUCCUGUUUCUGUUACUGAGCGUAAAGUGGUUUGUCGAAAUGGAGAAUAAAGAGUAUUUCCACCUUGA